CGGAGUCUCUCUAGCCUGCCCUUGUCUUCCUCUCCAUGGUACCGCGGAAGCAAGCUGCGCCGCGAGCGGCCGAGCGUCGACGCGGGUCGUUCCUGAACCGGGGCGGAAGAGAGCUGGAGGUUCUCAUUCUGGAAAUCCCGGGGCUGGUACUGAGAUUUCACAUUGUGCCAGGAUCCCAGCUGAGGCCAGUUCUGGUUCCUGGGCAGGUGAUCAGCAUAUGACCUGCUAAGGAGAGGUUCUAGACAAAAUAGAACUUGAAAAUUUGCUAAAAUCAAGAAUGAUGGAUCCAUGUUCAGUUGGAGUCCAGCUUCGUACAACAAAUGAGUGCCAUAAAACCUAUUAUACUCGUCACACAGGUUUCAAGACUUUGCAAGAAUUGUCAUCAAAUGAUAUGCUUUUGCUUCAACUUAGAACUGGAAUGACACUUUCUGGGAACAAUACAAUUUGCUUUCAUCAUGUAAAAAUUUACAUUGACAGGUUUGAGGAUUUGCAGAAGUCAUGUUGUGACCCAUUUAACAUACAUAAAAAACUAGCCAAAAAAAAUCUGCAUGUGAUCGAUUUAGAUGAUGCCACUUUUCUGAGCGCAAAAUUUGGAAGACAACUUGUACCUGGAUGGAAAUUGUGUCCAAAAUGUACUCAGAUAAUCAAUGGGAGUGUGGAUGUUGAUGCUGAAGAUCGUCAGAAAAGAAAACCUGAAUCUGAUGGAAGAACUGCAAAAGCUUUGAGGUCAUUACAGUUUACAAACCCUGGAAAGCAAACAGAAUUUGCCCCAGAAACGGGUAAAAGAGAAAAAAGACGACUUACCAAAAAUGCAUCUGCUGGUUCAGAUAGACAGGUGAUACCAGCGAAGAGUAAGGUCUAUGAUAGCCAAGGCCUCCUGAUUUUCAGCGGGAUGGACCUCUGCGACUGCCUUGAUGAGGACUGCUUGGGCUGUUUCUAUGCUUGUCCUGCCUGUGGUUCUACCAAAUGCGGAGCGGAGUGCCGCUGUGAUCGCAAGUGGCUAUAUGAGCAAAUUGAAAUCGAAGGGGGAGAAAUAAUUCAUAACAAGCAUGCUGGAAGGAAGGCCAAGCCUGAGCACCAUCCAGUGCCAGCCAUAGGUGUCAAGGCAGAUGUAAAGCAGAUGAACAAUGGCUGUAUGCCUAUAGUUACAAUCCAAUUUUUAAGGACCUAGGGCAAUUCUCUCAACUCUCAUCCUCAGUUUUUUUCAUCCUAAAAGAAAGAAUAAUGCAAGAGGGAAAUUCCAUUAGGAAGUUGUAAUGAUUGAGAUGGUGCUUAGUCCAGUAUUGGUACAGAUGAAGCAAUCUAUUAUAAUAUUAAUAUGCAAACUAUAUAAGGAGUUACCUAAUUCUAGCCUUGGCUUCUUCAAUCUGUUCUCCAGUUCAUUGAUUUCAUCUUGUUUUCUUCCAUCUGUUUCUACAUAAGGAGUUGGAUAAGAUUUGACUUUGCUUCAUUUUGAUAGAAAAAUUGGAGAUAAAUGAACCGUAGACCUUACUGGAAAAUGGAUUCCCAAGGAUGGAAACUGAAAUUAAGGGGGGAGUGGAAAAUAAAGGAAGAAAAAGCAAGAAAGCAUAAUGAUACAAGUGGGAGAAAAUGAUAACCCCCUGUCUGUCAGAGUGAAGGGUUUUGUUGUCUGCAGGAGUUACAAAGCAGGAGAGAUGGGGCUGAAUUCCAUCAGAGACAGAGGACCCUGAUUCUGUGUCCUCAAGAGGAAUGUACCUGGGAAAAAAUGAAAUUUUCUUGCUUGGGCCAUCCAACUCAAGUCAUCACUAACACAUUCUGGUGGGCAGAAGAAAGCAAAUAACUUUGAGUCAAGCAUCAUGAACCAGGCCAAACACUUCAGGAUUUGAAACUCUUUAAUAGUGCUCUUAGCAGACUCAACUUCAGCAGGCAAGUCAUAGCAGCAGAAUCCCUUCAGAAUAACUUGAGAGCUCCCGUGCCAAGGCCAUCUGUACAGAUUCUGACCAUGAUUGCGUUUACCAGCCAUACUCCUCCCUUCUACUGUCCUGCCACAUGCUCUAAGAGACUAGUCCCUUUGCACAUGGCCGAAGGAGCCAGAUACUAUUUAUCAGAUUUGCUGGGACACAUCAAGAGAAGCUCUGUAACAGCUCUCUGAAAGACAGGCUUUAGAGAGAGUCAAAAUAGAAGCCAUCUUGAGGCUGUGUGUGU